UCAUUGGUCAUCAACCGCGACAGCCGUGGAGCUUCGGCUUCGGAAAAGGAAAAACACGUCAUGCAGGCAGUCCGUUUAAACUACUGCACUGGAAGCUGCCCACAGGUGCGCCCUGGCCCCCACUACAGCAUGCUCCGCCGGCGUCACAGUGGACGGGGGUGGGCAGCUGGCCCGUCGUUCCAAGGCCACAGCACUAUUUCCUCAGUUACGUAACUGCCUGGAGGCUCUCCCUCAAUCAAGCCAUGCCCGCCAAGCACGGCAGCGAAACCAAGGCCCCAGUUGGGGUACAGCAUCCAGCAGCCGACCAGCGACCGGCUCAGGCUUCUAACACACAACCAACAUUGAGCCCCGUCGACGAAAACCCUCCCAGCCAAGACAUAGCCUCUCUGACUUAUCGCCGUGAUCAUGAACAUCCUCGAAUGGGCAUUCGGCAAGCGCAUGACGCCCGCCGAGCGCCUGCGCAAGAACCAGCGCAUGCUCGAUAAGGCCAUCCGAGAGCUGGACCAGACACGAGUGAAGCUCGAGAAGCAGGAGAAGACGCUCACCACGCAAAUCAAGCAGAGUGCUCAAAAGGGCCAGAUGGGCGCAGCAAAGAUCCAGGCCAAGGACCUCGUGCGCACGAGACGCUAUAUCGAGAAGUUCUACGGCAUGAGGAGCCAGCUGCAGAAGAUCUCCUUGCGCAUGCAGACCCACCGGACAAACGAACAGAUGAUGCAGUCUAUGAAGGGCGCAACCCAGGCCCUGGGCAGCAUGAACCGAUCCAUGAACUUGCCUGCUCUUCAGCGCAUCGCAAUGGAGUUCGAACGUGAGAACGACAUAAUGGACCAGAGACAAGAGAUGAUGGACGACGCCAUCGAUGAUGCCAUGGACGUGGGCGUCGAGGAAGAAGGCGACGAAGUAGUGGAGCAGGUCCUCGAGGAGAUCGGUGUCGACCUGAACCAAGCGGUAAGCCCUCCCCGAGCUCGGAAUGCAGACGAACCCGAAUCCCUAACAGAUUGCAUCUAGUUUGGCGAGACACCUACCGGGUUACAGUCUGACAAGGUUGCCGAAAGCAGAGUGGCCCAGGCUAUCGGUGGUGGUGGCGGCGGCGGCGGCGGAGGCGGCGGUGGUGCUGCUGAUCCCGGCGAUGAUGAUCUCCAGGCUAGACUUGACAGCCU